AUGUCGUUUCCAAGGACGGAACGCACCAACGCCGUAGACUUGAACGGCGCCCAAAACAAGGCCGGAUGCAGGAUAACACAUCAUCAGAGUACCCUGGACGACGGCUUACUGGAGCCCGUUGCCAUCGUCGGGCUUUCAUUCAAGUUCCCUCAGGGUGCGGUCAGUGAAGAUGUGCUUUGGGAAAAGUUGAUGAACAGGGAAUGCACGUCGACGGAGUUUCCCGAGGACAGGGUCAACAUCGAUGCAUUCUACAAUCCUGAUCACAAGAAGCUAAACACGAUCCGCUCAAGAAGAGCCCACUUCUUAGAGGAAGAUAUACGAGACUUCGAUGCACAAUUCUUCGGAUUUUCUCCAUUGGAAGCAGCAAGCAUGGAUCCUCAACAGCGGGGCUUGCUGGAGACAACUUAUCAUGCCAUCGAGAGUGCGGGGAUACGAUCGAAAGGCCUGGCCGGCACUAACACAUCAGUGCACGUAGGAAGCUUCUGCAGCGACUUCAUAACAUUCGCACUACGAGAUGAACAGCGAAUCCCUAUCUACAACGCAACAGGCUGUUCACAGACAAUGCUAUCAAACAGACUAAGCUGGUACUUUGAUCUACGCGGCACGAGCUUGACCCUUGACACUGCGUGCUCGAGUGGACUAGUCGCAUUAGACCUGGCAUGCCGAGAGAUCUGGUCGGGCCAGUCCUCAACCGCUAUCUGCGCAGCAUCAAACGUAAUCAUGUCACCAGAAAUGAACAUCACGCUGUCAAACAUGAACUUUCUCUCCCCGGACGGGAAGUGCUACAGCUUUGAUCAUAGGGCAAGCGGAUACGCUAGAGGAGAAGGCUUCGCUAGUCUAGUGCUAAAGCCUCUCUCCAAAGCACUCGAGGAUGGCAAUCCGAUUCGAGCCUUGAUUCGGUCGACCGGCACUAAUCAAGAUGGACAUACUGCUAGCGGAAUUACGCAACCGAGCAAGGAUUCACAAGCCAAGCUCAUUCAAGAUACGUAUCAGAAAGCGGGUCUUGACAUGAGUGCUACCAAGCUAUUCGAGGCGCAUGGAACAGGAACUGUCGUUGGAGACCCAAUCGAGGCCAGGGCCAUCGGCGAAUGCUUUGGGAAAUUUCGAAGCAAGAAUGACCCGCUAUUCAUUGGCGCCGUCAAGUCUAAUCUUGGACACCUAGAAGGUGCUAGCGGUCUCGCUAGUGUUAUCAAAGCGGUUCUCGCGUUGGAAAAAGGAGUAAUCCCACCCAACACAAACUUCGAAUGUCUGAACCCAGAGAUUGAUGAUGAGUUCUUCAACUUACAGUUUCCCGAGGUGGCUGUUCUUUGGCCGCACUCGGAAGCCGGUGUCCGAAGAGCAUCAGUGAACUCUUUUGGCUAUGGUGGGACGAACUCACAUGUGGUGCUAGAUGACUCGUCCUCAUAUCUCCGCUCUAAGAGCAUCGCCAGGAGCAGCCACGUCACGCCCACCGGAAGAAUACAAACAUGGCCAUCGUCACAGAGCUCGUGUGAAAUGCUGGAUACAUUCAUCGCACAGACGAAGAUGGACUUUCGCAAGGUUCAUAAUCAAUUGCUCAAUUUCAACCUACCAGUUCCCAGGCUGCUGAUACUCUCGGCAAUGGACGAAGACGGCAUAGCACGGCAGGCCGUAACACAUGGCGAAUUUCUGAGGCGCAUUAAGAGUAGCGAAGGCCCAUUGUUCCUUGAUCAAUACUCAUUCACAAUGGCUAACUGCAGGGACGCCCAUUCCUGGAAGUCUUUCUGUCUCCUCAGCUCUUUGGACGAGAUCGUGGAAGAGCCACUGCGUGUCUCCAAGCCCACUCGAGGCCUUAGCCCAACUCCGACGGUUGGCUUCAUUUUCACUGGCCAAGGUGCGCAGUGGCACGGCAUGGGAAGGGAGCUCCUAAUGUGCUUAGCCUUUCGAAAAAGUAUAGAUUAUUCUCAAGAGCUCCUUCAACGUCUUGGCUGGACGUCUUCUCUCAUAGAUCUUCUCACAUGUCCAGGGCAUAAGGACGACAUACACCGAGCGCGGUUUAGUCAGGCUCUGACAACAUCAGUCCAAAUUGCCCUGGUCGAUCUCUUCCAAUGGCUCGAACUUGUCCCAAAGGUGAUCACUGGCCACUCCUCAGGCGAGAUCGCUGCAGCCUAUUGCGCCGGACAUCUCAGCCAUGCUUCGGCUAUCAAGGUCUCCUUCUAUCGAGGGGUUCUCAGUUCAUUCCUGGAAAAUGAUCCUUCAGACAGGCAUUCAAUGGCCGCUAUUGGACUGUCCGAAGAAGCAACGAGGACAGAAAUUAAAGAGUUCGAGGCCAGUUUGCCAUCGAUUCCACGAGGAGCAUUCGCCAUUAGCUGCAUCAACAGUGAACAGAGCGUCACGAUUUCUGGACCAGAAGGAUUGGUAACUAGUCUGACGCAUCAUCUUACGGAAAAGCAGCUCUUCGCGCGGAGGCUUAGGGUCGGUGUUGGGUAUCACUCACCGCAAAUGCUUCGUAUAGCACCAGACUAUGCGAAUCUCAUUAGCGAGCUUGAACCAGGAGAUACUGAAGCAAGGCCAACCAUGGUCUCUUCCGUCAGUGGAAAGGCCGUAAAUACUCCUGAAGUGUGCAAUCCCUCCUACUGGGUGAGCAACAUGGUGUCAACUGUGCACUUCCUCACCGCUGUACAAUUCUGCUGCGGUGGCAGUAGCGACACGGUAACAAAAAGCCUGGAUGGACGCCAUUUGAAGAAUUUCCGCGUUGACGUCUGGCUUGAGGUGGGCCCUCACUCGGCUUUGCAAGGACCCCUCAAACAAAUUUUGAAGAGGUCUCAACUGGAGGGUCAGAUAUGCUACACUUCGGCGCUUCAUAGAGACCAGUCCGCACUACAGAGUGUCCUGGGUGCGCUUGGCUACAUGCAUUGCCAGAAUGUGAGCAUCAACCUGGCCAGAGCUACGUCUCUCACCUCACCCGAUGGUCGAACGAGAGCGAUCCCGCAGCGUCUCCCAUUGUAUCCUUUUAAUCACAAGACUCGGUACUGGGAGGAGUCUCCAAGCAACGUCGACUUCAGGCUUCGUCCCUUCGCCAAACACGAUCUUGUCGGAGUCCGAACUGGAGAUCUCAGCGCGGCGGAGGCGCGAUGGAAGUUCAUCAUUAAAGCGGAGGAGAUGCCCUGGGUGAAAGACCACAAGAUCCAGGGGUCGAUAGUGUAUCCCGCUGCCGGUACGAUUGUGAUGGCUCUCGAAGCCUCGAAACAGCUCAUCACAACCAAUAAUCCUACUGGCUUCGAACUCACAGACGUGGAUUUUCCGGCUCCUAUCCAUAUAGCCUCGAAUCCAAGUGGCGUUGAACUGCAUCUCCACAUGUCCUCUUCCCUCAAGACUGGCCGACCCGGAGACAUUGACUAUUCAUUCCGCGUUCUCCUGCAUGGUGCUGACAGAAGUCAAACGCAAGUUUGCUCUGGACGUAUUCGGGGCGACUACGAAAGAGUGGCUUCAGAUGUCGAUGCAGUAAACGAAGAGGAGCACAUGCUACGGUCUCUACAAGCCGAAUACCAUCAUGCCGCGGAGUCUUGCAAUCACACGACCCCUACCCCUGACAUGUACGCCAGGAUGAGAGACGGUGGCCUAGAAUACGGACCGCAGUUCCAGACCAUAUGCGAUGUUCGCUUUGACUCUAAUGGACGAGCUGUUGCCACAUUACUCGCGCCCCCGGCGGGGGACGUAGAAAGAGGCUCAUCUUCUUACCUCGUCCACCCAACCACACUGGACGGGCUGAUCCAACUGGGCUUCCCUGCCUUGAACGGCUCCGGUGAAAUACGCAGUAUGAUUCCAACACACAUUGGCAAGCUCUGGAUUCCAAUUUCUGGAUUUGGAGACGAUAGGUCGGAAUCCAAGCAGGCGUACUGUAGAGCCACACACAUCACUGAACGCGGAGCCAAGUUCUUAACAACAGUGUUCGAUACGCUAGAUGCACAACCGGUGAUUAAGAUUGAAGAGCUAGAAAUGACGGUGGUUGCAAAUGCAUCGGAGAUACGGCCUACGCUGCAGAAUGCGCCAUUCUGCUGUUCGCAUUUCGCAUGGAUGCCGGAUCUGGACACCAUGCAACAUGGUGAAAUUGAAAUACUGUGUGCGGCUAGCACGGCACUUGAUUCGUUGAAGCGGUAUCUCGCAUGCCUCGUGCACAAACGGCCAAACCUGCGCUUUUGUGCGCUUGGCUCCAAUACUACGCCUACCACGGUUGCCAUCACCGAAACACUGGUUAGACCCGAUGUUGGUUCGCUCUUUAGCGAGUACGUGGUCGCUGCGAAGGAGGCAUCUCGUCUCGAUGAGGCUGGCGCACUGUUUGAUGAGAACAGACGUAUCCGCUUUCGAGAGUUGGACAGCCUGAAGGUGGAGCCAAAUACGGGAGAGUUGCGUCGAGAAGUUUACGAUGUAAUCAUUACCGAUGUCGCACAUUUCGCGACGCUUGAGCCGACGGAGGGGCUUGCCCACAUUCGAGAACUGCAUGCGGCAGGCGGCAAGCUCAUAUUGACGAAUAUAAUAGAGAAGAAGUCCAGGGAGAUUCACUCUGAGCUUCCAUGGGACUCAUUCCUCCGAAAGAACAGAUAUUCCGGAAUCGAGGCAACUUUUCGAAGCUUCCCACGCGACGGUGGCUAUCCUGGAACCAUCCUGAUCUCAACGGCGUCGGGCGAGGACUUCAGUGCUUCAGUGCCCGAGCUCACAAUAGUGGUGCUCGAUAAGAAGUCUGCACUCCAAAGAGAAAUUGCAGCAGAUCUCUGUCAGAAGUUUGGAGCCAAUCCGGAAGCGCACACCCGGACCCUCGCCGAAGUGGACGCGUCGCAAGAGUGUGACGGACACCACUAUGUAUCCAUCCAGGAUCUCAGAGAGCCUCUAUUGCUAGAUAUAAGCGAACACGACUUCGGAAAAGUGAAAACAGUCCUUUCACGUGCAAAGAGCUUCAUCUGGGUGAAGCAAGCUCACGUAACACCCGACCAGGCCAUCAGUGACGGCCUUCUCCGGGUAUCCCGCCACGAGAACAGUCGUGUGGUACUCGUAUCACUAGCUUUGGAUAUGCGCAAGAAGCGCCGUUCAAAGGAUCUAGCAGACCGGAUAUAUACUGUAUUUCGUCAGACGCAGAAGCAUAUGGAUGGGGAGUACGAGCCGGAAUAUGCCGAGGAAAGCGGACGUCUAUGCGUGAAUAGGCUCAUCCCAGCGAGAAGAACUGAUGAGCACCUCUUCGCAGCCGCCAAGAGACCACUCACUUAUACGCCAGUCAGUGACCAGCCAUUGCGACUUCAUAUCCGAACACCAGGGGUCCUUAGCACGCUCGAGUGGGUGGAAGACGAGACUUUUCGGCAGCCGCUUGGUGCAAACGAAGUGAAAUUCCAAGUCCGCGCUAUCGGAGUCAAUUUCAAGGACGUGCUGGCUCUACUAGGACGCGUCUCGAGCGAAAACCUGGGCAGCGAAUACGCCGGCAUUGUCACGAACGUCGGUUCAUCAGUCACAUGCAUCAAGGUUGGUGAUCGUGUGGCAACCGGGUUCCUCGAUGCCUUCCGAACCUACGGGCGUGUACCUCAGACUGAUGCCUGGGUUCUUCCAGACCACGUGUCGUUCGCGGAAGCGGCAUCAAUGCCAACGGCGUUUCGUACGGCAUAUUACUGCUUAUUCGAAAUUGCAAGGCUUCAAAAGGGCGAGAGCAUACUUAUUCAUCGUGCUUCUGGAGCCACGGGUCAGGCAGCUAUCCAGAUCGCUAAGAAGAUUGGAGCCGUCAUCUAUGCAACGGUAGGCUCCACGGCUAAAAAGAAGAUGCUUGUUGAGCAAUACGGCAUUCUUGCGGAACAUGUCCUAUACAGUCGCGACACAUCCUUUGCUGACGGUAUAAGAAGAUUAACGAACGGUUGCGGCGUCGAGGUUGUUCUCAACUCUCUGACAGGCAAGCUUCUCGAGGCAUCGUGGGAGGUCAUCGCGCCUUGGGGUCGGUUCGUUGAGAUAGGCCUUAGUGAUGCAUUUUCGCGUCAAAAGCUUCCCAUGGUUCCAUUUACGCGGGGAGUAUCGUUCUCAUCUUUCAACCUCGGCAUGUUCCGACCGGGGCCUGAGCAUGAUCGGUUGAUGAACCGUGUUUGGGAUCUAUUUCGGGCUGGGCAUAUUCGUCCCGUGCAUCCACUCCAAGUAUAUCCCGUGGAAAAGGUUGAAGCUGCAUUCAGGUUCCUCCAUAGUGGAGAUAGCUCUGGGAAGCUCGUGAUUGAGUUGGACAGGAAUUCGGUCAUUCCGACGGUUUCUUCUGGCCAGUCUAAGCUUAGUUUCAGCCCCGACGCGACCUACGCGAUUGCUGGAGGGCUUGGGGGCUUAGGUCGGAGUAUAGCCCGCUGGCUCUGCGAUAAAGGAGCAAGGAAUCUCAUUCUACUCUCACGCUCGGGAUUAGAAGGUAACGAAAAAGCGCAGGAGAUGGUGGGAGAACUGGCAGCAGCUGGAGUUAGAGUGGAAUUCCCUCCAGUCGACAUAACCGACCUUCCGGCCCUCCAGGGAGCGAUAACGCGCUGUUCGCAUCGAAUGCCGCCCAUCAGGGGGUGUUUCCAGGCUGCUAUGGUCCUGCGUGACUCCACUCUGGCGCAUAUGUCGAUAGAGGACUGGCGUUGCGCAACGAGGCCCAAGAUUCAUGGCUCGUGGAAUCUCCACCAGGUCCUUCCAUCUGGCAUGGACUUCUUCAUCCUCCUCUCAUCUGUCGUUGGCGUUGGGGGAAACGGAGGGCAAAGCAAUUACGCAGCUGGCAAUACGUUUGAGGAUGCUCUCGCAGGCUACCGUGUGGCGGCAGGUGAAAGAACUGCUGCUAUCGACCUUGGACUAGUCCUGGGCGAAGGGGUCGUUGCGGAGAACGAUGCGCUCAUGCGACAUCUACUGAGGCGGGACGUGAUCCGGCCCAAUUCUCUUGCAGAAGUAUUCGCACUGCUCGAGUACUACUGCGACUCAAAGCGUCUCUUGCUAUCGCCCCAGGAAAGCCAGCUCAUCACCGGUCUCGCAUUGCCCGCAGAUAUAAUCGCGAAUGGAAGAGAAAUCCCCAAGGAACUCGCCCUACCAACCUUCAGCAUUAUGCGACAAAUCGAUCCUAAGGACGGCCAGGUCGCAGAUCUUCCUGGCCAGGCACAGAACUUCAAGGCGGCUUUCGCCGCCGCCCCGUCUGCUGCCGCAGGAGCCCUGUGCGCAUCCGAAGUUUUGAGGAUGAAGCUGGGCCGACUGCUGGGAUUGGAGGACGAGAUGGAGCUGGAGAGACCACUCGGGCACUACGGCAUUGAUUCGCUUGUGGCGUUGGAGAUAAAGAACUGGAUCGGAAAGGAACUGGGCGCAGAAUUAGCGAUUUUCGAAAUCUCGGGGGAGGCGACGUUGCAGAGCAUCGGGAAGAUUGUUAGUGUGAAGAGCUUGCUGCGACCUAGGCACUGGGGGAACCAGAUAGUACUAGAGUAG